AUGUCCUCCGACGAUAUAAAAAUAGAUGAACCAGAGCAAGUAGAUGAAGUAGAAUACGAUGUUGACAAGAUAAAGAUACUUCCUGGUGCAUCAGAAGAUGGAUCGUCAGCUUCAUUCCAGAUUUUGGAAGAGGAUCACACCUUGGGCAAUGCAUUGCGUUAUAUCAUUAUGAAAAACCCCGAGGUUGAAUUUUGUGGGUAUAGUAUACCACAUCCCAGUGAAAACAAGAUGAACAUCAGGAUACAAACGUAUGGUAACAUAUCAGCUGUUGAAGCUUUGCACCAGGGUUUCGACAAUUUGAGCGAGCUAUGUGGCGUUGUGGAAGAGAAAUUUGAGCAAAGGUUGAAAGAGGGUGGAUACAGUACCGAGGAGCCAUAA